AGGGAAAAGGAAAUACUCUGUGACAGAGGCAGGGACCUUGGGACCGAGUGGUUGAUUGUCACGUCCGGAGGUUUCCUUCCCAGGCCCUGCCCAGGUAGGAACAGACAACUUGCCAGCACCUGUGGGCUCGCGGGGCGGGGCAUGGUGGCCAGAGGUCAUGGCCCUCACCAUGCCCACACACUCCCCUGAAUCAAUUUUGGAAGACUUUGAGUACGAUGAGUCUGCUGAAGCCUGUGAUAUGGGGGACAUCGUGGCCUUUGGGACCGUCUUCCUGUCCAUACUCUACUCCCUUGUCUUUGCCUUCGGCCUGCUGGGAAAUUUGCUGGUGGUGUUUGCCCUCACCAAUAGCCAGAAGCCCAAGAGUAUCACUGACAUUUACCUCCUGAACCUGGCCUUGUCUGAUCUGCUCUUUGUAGCCACCUUACCCUUCUGGACUCACUACCUAAUAAGUGAACAAGGCCUUCACAAUGCUGUGUGCAAACUCACCACCGCCUUCUUCUUCAUUGGCUUUUUUGGAGGCAUAUUCUUUAUCACUAUCAUCAGCAUUGAUAGGUACCUGGCCAUUGUCCUAGCGGCCAACUCCAUGCACAACCGGACCGUGCAGCAUGGCGUCACUAUCAGCCUAGGGGUCUGGGCGGCAGCCAUCUUGGUGGCAGCACCUCAGUUCAUGUUCACAAAACAAAGAGAAAAUGAAUGCCUCGGCGACUACCCUGAGGUCCUGCAGGAUCUCUGGCCUGUGCUCCGCAAUGUGGAGGCAAAUUUGCUUGGCUUCUUGCUCCCCCUGCUCAUUAUGAGUUAUUGUUACUUCAGAAUCAUGCUGACACUGUUUUCCUGUAAGAACCACAAGAAAGCCAAAGCCAUCAAACUGAUCUUUCUGGUGGUCAUCAUGUUUUUCCUCUUCUGGACACCCUACAAUAUCAUGAUUUUCUUAGAGACUCUUAAUCUCUAUGACUUCUUUCCCAGUUGUGACAUGAAGAGGGAUCUGAGGUUGGCCCUCAGUGUGACCGAGACAAUUGCGUUUAUCCACUGUUGCCUCAAUCCAUUUAUCUACGCAUUUGCUGGAGAGAAGUUCAGAAGAUACCUUAACCACUUAUAUCGGAAGUGUCUGGCUGUCCUGUGUGGCCAUCCUGUCCACAUCAGUUUCUCCCCGACUGAAUCACAAACGAGCAGGCGGGAAAGCAUUUUGAGCAGCAAUUUUACUUACCACACCAGUGACGGAGAUGGGUCCAUCCUUCUCUGAAAGAAUGAAUACCCAAAGCCUUAUUUCUUGAUGAACUGAAUGCCCCAAAACAACCCCAAAGCAUUUUUGAGAAUGUAAGAAUGUCCCUAACUGCAAAUGCCAGGGCUUUUUCUUUACAAAUGAUAAAAAUUUAACUCAGACUAACUUCAUGAAAGAGGAGGUGGGGAGUAUUAUUCAUAAGGUGGCUUGUGCAAGAGAGUGGAUGUGCCCUCAAAGUAGAAACUAGGGCUUGAGUCCAGCAAGAAUUUCCUCUCUCUGGCUCUCAGAUCUCUGAGUGGUGACACAGCUUAGCCAAUAAUGAGGCACUGAGACCCGUCCCUCUCUGGUCCCAAGGUUAAAAUUCCCAGGGAAAGGCUUUCAUUGGCCAAGUUUGAAUCAGAUGUCCAUCCCCAGACCAGAUUGUAUCCAUGGGGGGAGAAUAGAUAAGAUGGCAGCUUCCAUUCCAGUCUCAUGGUUAAAAGUGCAGGGAGACAUCGUUCCAAGAAGCUGGAGGGCUAGGUGCUUUUUUGAUCUGAUAGAACAAGAGCUGCCCAUCAACCUAUGUGUCUGGGCCAACCUCCUCACUGAUCACACCAGCCAGCACACAUUGCCAACCUCCUCUCCCUGAAACCCCUUUCUAUCAUACCCCCAAACUUACAAUGGUUGCCCAGUGCCUACUGCAUCAAAUUUGAGAUCCUCCAUCAUGCAGUCCCACCAACAGAUUUCCCAUUUUUUCCCCUUUCUGAAAGAAUCCCUCCUCUCAGCCAGCCAGGUCUCUUCCAUCCAGCCAUAUGCAUCAUCACCUGCUUCCAGGCCCAGGAAGAUAAAUAGAAAUAACCCUGGCCCAAACUAAGAAGGGAUGACUUCCAAUCCCAGCUCAACACUUGGCGCACUAAGUAGCUUGAAGACAGCCCAGCUUCAGCUUCCUCAUCUGCAGAAUGGAGAUAGGGGUACUUUUUACAUAGGGAGCAUCCUUCCCAGCAUGAGGAGCCAGCCACCAAUUCUUGCAGAUCCCAUUCCUCUUAUCUGGUUCCCAGACUUCAGCUUUCCCCCCUAUCUGGCCACAGUGCUUAAGGGGCAGUGUUGGCAGAGACUUGGCUGUGUUAUUCGAGGGAGCUCAGAUACAGAGGAGGCUGGUUCCUACAGUGGCACUCAAUGGACAGUCCUGGAUAUAUAAAUUGAUGGUCUUCCCUGACCCAGCACUCCAGACUGCCUUGAAUGUGCCUUUCCAAUUGCCUUGUGGCAAGCACCUUCCCAUCUGGAGAGAAUCCCCAUCAUUCAUGCCACUGCCAACCUGGAGAGCCAGGGUCCCAGGAGCAUCUUUCUCCCCUUUUCUGUAGACAUCUGGGUUGGUCUAAUACUUUAGAGCUUGAAAAACAAUUGUAAUGCUGAAGAGAAUGUCACCUGUAACCUAAGCAUGCAAUACCUUCAUUUGUCCACCCAGAACUUGUUCACACUUUCACAUGUUUAGAGUUGAAAGCAUCAUGUACAGACUGUUUUGUAAUCUGCUAUUUUUCUCUUAACAUUAGGCCACAAAUAGUUCCGUUUCUGUAUAGUUUUGUAAUGAUGGCUUUAGAAGGCUCUGUCAGGGUGUGUACUCACUGAAGGCAACUGACUCAUUGCUGUAUUUCUGACACCCUCUUGGCAAAGUCAGUAAGUUGGUUUAAAUGAGAGAAUGAAUUAUGUUCCAUCAAGAUCACGUACUGUAAUUUACUCACCAUUAUCCUUUGAUAAACUUGUUCCCAAUAUUUAACAAAUACAUAUCACAGCACUUC